CGGAGAUCCGGAGCCACAGCUGCUCGAGGACGGCCAGUGUGCAGACAGCCGCGGCGCGCCCCGCUAAUUGCGCCAAUCAGCGCCCGUCUCGCAGCCGCCAUGCCAGGCCCCAGCCCACCGGCGGAGAGUUGGCGCGGCUUCACCCGCGCGGUGUUGGCGAGCCUGCUCCUGACCCUGGCGCGCGCCUCGAGCCUCGACGACGCCCUGGUCAGCAUCCUGGUGGAAGACGCCGCGGACCGUCACGGCUACUGGCGAGCCAGCGUCGCCGACCUGGAGAUGAGCCUGGAGUUCCGGCCCGAGAGAGAGGGAGGCUCCAGCUCUGGCACGUGGAGGGCCUUGCUGGAGCACUGCGUGGACACCCCUGCAUCAGUGGACACCCCCGACAGCCCUCCGCCACCCACCUUGCUCCCCGCGGUCCCAGAGCGGGGCAGUGGCAGUCCGGUGGUGAGCUAUACCUUGUCGCUGGGACGGUUCACGCUGGUGAGGCUGCCCGCCCUGAACCUCAGCUUCGCCAGGCAGCACUGCGAGAGGGAAGGUGGCCGAGUAGCAGUCAUCAUCGGGCAAGAAGGCUUGCCGCAGCUGAGAGACCUCAUGGACAUGUACCCUGCAGACCAGGACGUCGAGCAGCAUGAUGCCUUUCUCGAUAUGGCUGACGGAACAGGACUGCCCAUUGAAUGGAGGGCGGACGAGCUGGGGGGAAGCGCCUGCCUCGCCAUGAGCCGUGGAGGGGACCUGGUUCUGCGGUCCUGCUCGCAGCGGCUAGCCUUCUUCUGCGAGCGGCCAGAGGAGCCGCCAGCCGCCGGAUUACAUCCUUAACUACAGUGCCCAUUCUUAUGAAGUUUACAUUUCAGUUCAGAUGAAAUAUUAGUUGUAUUAAAUAGAUAUUCAACACAA